AUGACAACGAUGUUCGUCCAACUGCGACGUGUGGUGUACCUGUUGGUACUCCUGCAAUGUUGUGUGUGUGUGGCCUAUGCAACCAGUGAGAUUGAUGAUGAAGAACGGGAAAUUAGGAGGUCGGUGAGAGUAUUGAAGGCGUCGUUGGAACGGACAGAUUCAUUGUAUGCGAAGGGAAGGAGUUGUCUUUCGGUGUACGAAAAGGAAAUACAGUUCUGCAACGAGAGUUCCUUGAAUGCCGUUAAGGAGGCCGAGAAUGCGGUUGAAGUUAUCACAACAAUGAAGGGAAAAACGGAUGUACUUGUAAAGGAGGGUGAUAAAUUCGUCGAAAGUGAAAGGCUGGUGAAGUAUGCUGAAGAAACACUACAGAAUACGAAAAAAGCAGUUGAUGAUGCCACACGUUUUGUCGAAAUAGUAAGCCAAACAAAAAAGGCCUGUGUUGUUGAUGGCUACAACAUGGAACACGAGGCGGAAAGACUCAAGGACCACUAUACUGCUUUGCUUUAUCAAUUGAAGGACAAGAAGGAAACGGAAGAGAAAAAGGAGAGAAUGGAACUCGUCGAGAGAGGCAAGGAAAGGCACGACGAGCUUUAUAAGCUCAUGAACUCGACGGGAGAGGUAAUUAUUAGGGUUGCCGAGGUAAGACCAAUGGCCAUGGAAAAGACAAAACUCGCCGCCCAAGCAAUGAGUAGGUCAAUUGCGGAUCUUCUUUGGAUUAUAAAAGAACUCAAGAACGUGGUUCCGGCAGCAGAAGAUGGCGAGAACCAAAAUUGGGUAAAUCAAAGCGAAAAGAAGAUAAAAGAGAUUGUUAGGGAGGUUCACGCGGCUAAUCCCGAAAAAACGAGGGGAGAAGCCAUAGCAGAAAUCAGGGUUGCCCUGGAGGAGAAGAAGAAAGAGGAAGACUCGCUUAUAAAAGAGGAGUGGGUGGAUAAAGAAAAGAAGAUAAAGGAAAGGGUUGAAAGGGAGAGUAAUGAGAGAAAGGCUGAAGAGGAGAGGAGAAGAAAAGAGGAAGAAGCACGAAGAGCUGAAGAAGAAAAGAAAAGAAGGGCCGAGGAAGAAAAGGCUAAACAGGAGGCGGAGAGAAAGGCCAGGGAAGAAGAGGCGAAGCGUGUUGCUGCGGAAAUGGCGAAAGAAAGGGUCAAGGAAGAAGAGGCGAGACGUGUUGCUGCGGAAAUGGCGAGAGAAAGGGCCAAGGAAGAGGCAGAAAAGGCCAAGAAAAAGAAGGAUGGUGGCAGCAGUCCUGCAUUGGUGCGCGGUCCCUUAUUGCUUAUCGUUCUGGUGUGUGUGUUGGGUUGCACUCUCGUGUGCUAA